AUGAAGGGAGUCGCCCUCCUUUCGCUCUUAAGUGCAACUGCACUCGCCCAUCCAGCGGGCCUGUGGUGGGGUACCGAUGUCUGUUAUACUAGUCCAGAAAACACCGACAACCAGUGCACCGAGGCUCAGGAGUCUGGCUUUGGAUGGUCUGAGCCGGGCGAGUUUGACUUGUCUGAGCUGGGCAACGGAGACAACUGGAGCUUCGAGGGUUUCGAAUUCGUCGGGCUUGCGCCUAAAAAUAACUGCCGGGCAUCUGGAUACCAGGGCAACUGUAUCGGAGGAAGACUUUCUCGCGCAGAUAACUGGAAGCUCAAGAUCUCCGCCGCCGAUGCUCCGUUCUCAAUCCGGAAUUUUCAUCUUUCAACUUCCCGCAGCACGGAUGUCUUCAUCAUUUAUGAGAUGCCAGAUGGUUCGACUUGCCACCAUGUGGCGUCGAGCUCAUUCAGAGGCACCGAUAUUGGCAACGACCAGUGUGGUGGUGCAACCUCAGUCGAGUUUACUCUUCCCGAAGCAAGCAAGUUCGGCGACUGUGAUCUAGAAAUUCAUCAGAUCGACUUCGACUGCUCCACUGGAACCAAGCCUCCUGGUCCCCCCGUGGACGAGCCACCUCACUCUCACUCUCAUCCAGAGCCUAGCCCUAGCUCGACUACCUCCCGUCCUCAUGUGCACAAGCCUUCGUCCGUUGAAGAGAUGGUCUCUUCGUCAACCCAUUACCACAACGAACCGUCAACUUCGACAAUUAUGAUCACCGCUAAGAUUCCUGAGACUACUCCCUGGACCAAGCGACCGGAGACUUCCUCCGUUUGGUCCAGCACUAAGAUCCCUCAGACUACUGCCUGGACCAAGCGACCGGAGACUUCCUCCGUUUGGUCCAGCACUAAGAUCCCUCAGACUACUGCUUGGACCAAGAGACCGGAGACUUCCUCCUUUUGGUCCACCGCUAGAAUCCCUAUGACUAGUGUCUAUACCCCGAAGCUGGAGACUUCCACAAUUUGGGUUACAGAGGAGAUCACCGUCACGAAAUGCGCACCUACCGUCACUGAAUGCCCUGCUCAUUCCACCGUGGUGGUUACUUCUACCCACGCGGUGUCAACCACUGUCUGCUCUUCCAAUGUCGUGGUGCCAACCUCUACCACUCCAAGCCCACCACUCAUUACUGCCCCUUGCCCUGAUGUGGUGCCCAAGUGCAUCAACACAUGGCUCUCUACUCCGAAGUGUGACUCCAACAGCGAUGCCGGGUGCUUCUGCCCAUCGUCCGAGUUUACCAGCAAAGUCAGCUCCUGUAUCCAUGCCUGGAGCCGCUCGAAGGAAGAAGAGGACUCUUCACUUGCCUACUUUGCCGGAAUUUGUGCCCCCUACGUUCCCAAGAACCCUGAGAUUGUUGAAAUCGUCCCGACUACCACUCCCUUGGUCCACGUUCCAGCAACCACUUCUUGGGGUCUGAUCACCCACGCUACACGUCCAUCCAGCGUGCCUGUUCAUGUGCCUACCCAUGUGCCUACCCAGCCCCCCUCGACUCCCUGCACAACCAUCACUUGGUCCUCCCACACGGCAACAGUCCCUCAGGUUGCCUUCAGCACGGUCACAUGUUCCUCUACAACCAGCGUCGGCCUGGUUCUUGUUACUCCGACCAAAACCCCGUCUUACAGCAGCCAGAGUGUUCGCGUCUCAUCGUCAUCAAUGACUACUAGCUGUCGAACUCACACUGCGCCUGUUGCGACACCGAUGGUCCCCAAGACAACUGUCAAGGAGCCAACUGUGUCCUGGCCUAAUAUUCCCGAGCCCAGUGAGACUGUCGUCCAUGCCAAUUCUGGAUCGACACUGCCCUUGAGUACCUUCUGGGCAUUUGGUGUUGCCCUUCUAGCCUUUUUGGUCUAA